UGUUGUACCCAAUCCCUCGUCGAAUUCAAGAUGGCGGAGCUUCGAAGAAGAACAGAGAAACUUGUUUCAGACGAAGUUCCAUUCACUGGAAAAAGCCAGGACUUAGGAUUCAAAGGUCACGUGCCUAAAAACCCCAGGAAUUCAAGCUGGAUAUUCGCAGUAACUGUCUCAUUCCUGGGAGCCGUGUUGUUGUACGCGUUUAUCAAGUUGCAUUCUGUCCCUCCCCCAAAACUAUCCUCCGAGAGCCACCUUGGGGAAUUUUCUGAGCAAAGAGCGCGAGUUCAUCUCGAUAAAAUCGCUUCAUACGGCCCACGGCCUACAGGAAGUAUCGCCAAUGAAGUCCACGCUGUUAACUAUAUCCUAAAACAAGUAUCGGACAUAAAAUCUUCGGCUAAGAAGUCCGUUCGGAUAGACAUUGACGUUCAAAGACCUUCGGGAACUUUUUUUCUUGGAUUCUUAGAUGGCUUCACAAGUCAUUAUUAUAAUGUCACUAACAUUGUAGUUAGGCUUAGCCCAGAAGAGAAUUUCCCUCCUAAGCAUACCGUCCUUGUAAAUGCACAUUUUGAUUCUGUGCCCUACUCCCCCGGGGCAAGUGACGAUGCAGUCAGUUGCGCGACUAUGUUGGAGGUACUAAGGGUGAUGUCUCAAUGUCCAGAGGUAAACUUCACGUAUGGUGUGAUUUUUCUGUUUAACGGCGCAGAGGAGAAUAUACUACAAGCUAGCCAUGGGUUUAUCAGCCAGCACCCCUGGGCACAGAGUGUUCGAGCAUUUGUUAACCUGGAGGCUGCAGGAGCAGGCGGUAAAGAGGUAGUGUUUCAGACUGGUCCAGAGCAUCCCUGGCUUAUCAAAACAUACACUGAGGUUGCACCAUACCCUAGCGCCCAGGUAUUAGGCCAGGAAAUCUUCCAAAGUGGUCUCAUACCAAGUGAUACAGACUUCCGGAUUUUCCGGGAUUAUGGUCACAUUCCAGGAAUCGACAUUGCCUAUAUCACAAAUGGUUUUGUCUAUCACACACAAUAUGACACCCCGGCAGCCAUCACUAAGGGAUCCAUACAGCGUGCUGGAGAAAAUGUAUUUUCAGUGGUUAAAGAGAUUGCCAACUCCCCCCUUCUUGAGGAUCCAGGAGAGUAUCGGCAUGGAGCCAUGGUCUUUUUUGAUUUCCUGGGACUGUUAAUGAUUCAUUAUCCUGAGCGUAUUGGGGUCAUUGUUAAUGGGCUAACACUGGUCAUUACUGUGCUUUGUGUUCUACAAAAGUUCUUGUCAUCACAAAAAGCAUAUGGAGAAGAAAAAGUAAGUCUGAGCCCAGCCUGCCUUCUCUCCUCACUACUGGGGCUUGUCCUGUCCUGGAUUGCUGCUAUAAUGUUUCCAGUCUUAGUGGGUGUCGUAUUGACAGCUUGUGGGCGCCCUCUCACAUGGUUCUGCCGCCCUUACCUUGUUAUUGGUCUGUUUGUUGCGCCAUCCCUCCUUGGGCUGGGUAGUGUGCACUAUGUGUCAAGGACGUGGAUAAUUAGCAAGAAGGAUAGGCCACCAUCAUGCCCCACCAUACUUCCCGACCUGGUUAAGAGGGAGUCUGACACCUUCUAUGCCUCGCUAGUAAUCUGGACUAGCUUAUUAGGUGUGCUGACUUACUACGACCUCGCCUCUGCCCACCUUCCACUUUCCUGGGUGCUGUUUCCAUUAGCCGGCAGGGUGGUGAUAUGGGAAUCUUUUCUUCAGAAGCACAAACUAAGCUCAAGAAACACUUGGCAAUUCAUGACUGCAUACUUGUCAUCAGUAGUUGUACCAGUGGCUUUCACUAGCUAUGCAUUCAUAUUGAUCACAGACUUGUUUCUUCCCAUAAUGGGGCGUAGUGGGUCUGAAACAGUGCCUGAUAUAUUUAUUGCUGGAUUAGCUGCCAUGGGAGUUGUUAUUGUGACAUCUUAUCUGGUCAGCUUGGUAUAUCUCAUAGAGGACUUCAAAUGGCCUGCAUUGUUCCUUGCUAGCAUAGCUGCUUUAUCUAUUGGGGUGUCACUUGCAGGCUUGUCCUUUCCAUUUUCUGCCGAAAAACAGUGCCCUAAACGAGUAUUUUAUCAGCACAUAGUGCGGACAUUCCAUGAUGCCGAGGGUAAGGUUGUAAAGAGUGAUUCUGGAGUGUGGCUGAAUCCUCUGGACUUUACAGGCAUAACCCACUUACAGCACCUACCCCUGAUGCAGACUGCCAAGCAGGUCACAUCAGAUGAUGGUGUGUAUGAGGGAUUCCCUUACUACAUACCUGCUAGGAAUCUAUUCAAGAAGGCCUGGUUUAUACCUGGUCCCUCCCCUGAUGUCAAUUCCUUAUUAUGGGAUGUCAAACUGGUAUCGCGAACAAGGCGCGAUGACGUCAUACGAUUUACGUAUUCCAUUACAGGUCCAGAUCACAUGACCGUGUACUUUUCCCCAGCCAAUGGCGUGGACUUGUUUACGUCGUCGCUAGGCGACAUGAAACCCACCGCUGACCUCUCCGAGACUAGCCGUACUACCUAUUUCCUAUACUACUCCCACGGAACCCGCAGUGAACCUUGGGAAUUCUGGGUAGAAUUUGAGGUUGAUAAGCAGUUACCUAAAGGCUCUCACAUCCUGGAUCUCGCCGUAGCAGCACACUACCUGAACAAGCCUUGGUCUGAGACGCCAUUCCUGAGUGAGCUGCUGCGCCAGACUCCUGACUGGGUCUUCUCCAUCUCGUGGGUCAACAUCUACCAGAGUUGGGCUUACGAUCUAUAGAACCCCGUACAGUUCAAACACCAGUCCACAUUGCUGGCACUGCUACGCUCGGUUGACCACAGGA